CAGUGGCUGAACCGACCGUGCUUCGCAAGGAUCAGUUGGAAAUCAGCUUACAUAAUGAGAAGAAGCUGAUCAAGGAGGGAACCAUCAAGGACGACAACCCUCUGGAUCUUAGUGAGCCGUUUCGGGAACUCUGCAAUGCUUGUCGUAAGGGGGAUCUGAAAGUUUGCCAGGAAAAGAUCACGGAAGGUGUCAAUAUCAAUGCUCGCGAUCCUUAUGACUACACCCCCUUGAUUCUGGUGAGUGAUUUGAAGUCGCCUGGCAAACCCCCCAGCAACGCACCUUGUCCUGCAGAGCCGUUGGUUUUGGGCCAGUUAGUGACCAAGAUAUGUGGAAAAGGCCAGUCUCUGUGGCCAUUAUGAAGUUGUCCAGCUGCUUCUCGAAUCGGGCGCGUUAUGCGAACGAGACACCUUCCAAGGAGAAAGGUUAUUUCGUUCCCUCCCGGACCAUCUUUGGAUUAAAAUUGCGUCUUCAGCUGACAUCCGGCUACGUGUGCAGAUGUCUAUAUAAUGCAUUGAAUGAUCGCAUCCGGAACCUUCUACUUGAAUACGACUAUUCGAAGUCCACCGAUCCUCUCCAGCCAUUGGCCGCCCACAUUUCAUCACUGCUCACGCGCGAUAGCCCCGAGACCUCCGACAUCGUGGUAACCGCGGCCGAAGAGGAUGUACAUCUACAUAAGUUCAUACUGGCAGCACGGUCUCCGUAUUUCCGCAACAAAUUGGAAAGCGCUCCCGAAACUGUAACGUGGGAACUCCCAAGUGCAGUUCCGCCCCAAUCCUUUGGGGCGGCGAUCAGGUAUUUGUAUUUCGGAGAGGCCCCUCGUGACCUGAGGACGGGGCCUAGCACGGGGUUUACUGAAUCGGAGGUCUUUGUUGGGAUUGACAAAAUUGCCGAGUACCUGGAAAUUAACACCCUGUUGGACAGCAUUUUGGAUAGCGGAGACCGCAGACUGGCCAGACAGAGACGUACCUUGGAAAUUGCGAAAGGCAGAGAUCAAUUGGAAGAAUGGUUCCGAACGAAUGUGCUUCGGAACAAGAUGGAAGUUGAGACUUCCAAGGUUGAUGAGAUCAAAUGGAAUCAUGAUAACGCCAUCUUUGCCGAUGUUCUACUCCAGGCGGAUGAAUUGCCUGAAGAUGAAGACGUCGAUGACGCCUCGGAGACAGACGAAGGUACUAACUCAAAUACCAUUCCAGUCGGGCCAGUCGACGCAUCUAGUGCCUCGAAGAAAUCCGUUCCGAAGUCUGUUAUAUUUCCGUGCCAUCGGGCGAUGCUUCUUCGCUCUGAGUUUUUCCUUACCAUGUUUUCGUCUUCUUUCCGAGAGGCCCAUCUGAAAGAGCACCUGAACAUUAUCCCUGUGGACUGCUCUCCGGAAGUCCUGGAGAUUGUGCUUACUUUCCUUUACACCGAAAGGGCUGAUUUCCCCCUUGACAUCGCAGUCGACGUCCUAUUCGCCGCUGACAUGCUGUUCAUCGAGAAACUCAAAACCAAGGCUGCUGUUGUGAUCAGCACACUUGGCAACGGCGAUAUGUCGCAGGCAGAAGCCGCCAAGACUCGCGGCACCCAAGAAGAGGAUGAUUUGGAUAUAUAUGCAAUUAUUCGUGCAGCAUGGUUGACCCGUGUGCAGCGACUGGAAGAGUUCGCGGCUCGGUAUCUUGCGUACAGGCUGGAGGCUCACAUCGACUCUCCCGAAUUCUCCGAUUUGAUCCAAGAAUCGGCUGCGCGUAUCAAGGGGAGACAAGAAACCGACUCCAUCGAACUGCUCGAUGACAUUCGUUUCUACCUAGGGGAGCGCUUCCGACUUCGGUUCGAUGAUGCCGGCCUGGAGGAAAUGAUGGAUGCAGAGGCCCGACAGCCGCAGGAGCAGGAGCAGGAAGAAUACGGCGACCACGUUGACAAAGACCUGAACGGAAUCGAGUCAAGAACCGCGGAGCUCGAGCUAGCGAAGUCGCAUCCCAAAAAGAGCGCUGAAUCCACCGAGACUACGCCUGAACCACCAACCCAGGACAAACCGGAUCCAGCACCUGUCAUCAAGACUUUGGACGGCGAGGUGGUGGAUGACGAGUUCAGCAGGGAUGCGAUGGACUAUGAAAUCCUGAUGGACAAACUCAACAUGAUACUAGAGGACUUGGACCUGGAUGCUUAAACAGGACGCACCUACAUGGCUAGCCAUCCACGCUCCUGGGGCUUUGGAAACUGCCGGAGUCAAACGCCAGACCGAGUCAAUGAUUGAACGAUUCACGCAGAGGUAUAUACAUAAGGAUCUGCAUAUACAGCAUAUACUCACAUAUAGAAUGGUAGAUUCUCUUAUAAAUAUCAUUACCAGAUUUA